GGUUGAUCUUGACCAACUAGAUCUUCUUGAGGAAAAGCAUCAACAAGGUAAUUCUUCAACAUCUUCUUCUACAUCUUCGCGCCCUCUGAAGUUUGUUUCCUUUGACAAAGAGCCCAUCGCCAGCGGUAGCAUAGCCCAAGUCUACAAAGCAGAGGUCGAAGGAUUUGGGCCUGUGGCAGUCAAAGUCCGACAUCCCGAUGUCCGAGAGCAGGUGGAUACAGACCUUUCCCUAGUGCAUGGAUUUUGCACCUUCGUCAGCAGAUUCGAACCAUUUGUAUGGGACAAGGAGAAGAAUUUAUAUGAGGAAGAUGAGCGUUGUCAAGUUGUAGGUCCUCUACUCAAACUCAAUAACAUUCAGUUUCAAGUUGUAGGUCUAGUACUCAAACUCAAUAUUCAGUUUCAGGAUCCAAGAGGAACCGCCUCUGACAGAGUUGUAAGAAAUCAAAAUCAGAGCAUGAGAACUAAUUCGUCCGCAUGUGUUGUGCUCCUGCCCAACUUCACUUCUUCACCUCACGCUUGGAUGGAGCUGCCGGUGACCAUUGACGAGUUCCGCAAAGUUCUAGUGGAGCAAACCGACCUCUCUCUCGAAGCUAAAAACUUGAAUAUCUUCCGGCAACAAUUCGGUAUCUCCGAUGAGGAGGCCACAAGAAGAACAGCGGGAGCGUCUUUGGUGACCUUUCCGAGGCCUCUUGCAGCGACUGAGCGUGUCUUAGUCGAGGAGUUCGUCGACGCCAAGCCGUUGUCAUAUUUCAUCGAAAACCCGCAAAGCUACAAGUAUGAGCAAAAUGGAUGUGGAUCUCAUUUGCUUGUUACGUAGUUUGAUUGGAUGAGUACCCUCCUGGGGCAGAAGCAUCCCUCCUCCUUCUAAUGCAAUAUAGUGCUACACGAAUCCUUGAACUGACCACAGGCCGCUGUGAGUUUUACUGUGCUUGCUCUAACAUGCCGAAGAGCUCGCUCGUCUAGGAAUGCAGGUGUUAAAUCGGAUGAUAUUUUUGCACAACUUCGUCCAUGCUGAUUGCCACAGUGGAAAUCUGUUCUUCAAAGUGACUGACCGACGAGAAGAACUUCGGAAAGAGCGGACAGACCUGAAGAUCGAAGUAGGAUCCAAAAUCCGAGGGACGAGGAGCAGCGUAGGGGUGAAGAUGAAGCACGGGGGAGUGGAGCCGGCGAAGAAGAUGGAGUUGCAAGAAGAGCAGGAUCAUACCAGAAUGACCAGUGAGAAAACAACUUCUGCAGGUGGGUCAGAUGAAAGCCACACGACUAAGAACCGCUCCUCAUCAUUCAGCUGUCUCUCAUUAUUCAGCACUAUGCCGAAACCUCCAGACGACGACUCCUCCUCCUCCUCCUCAGAUACGGGAUCAUGGCUUGCCGUUUGCGGAUCUCUCGCAAGAAAUGCGUUCCAAUCUGCCUCUAUCGAGAUCACAGAUACCGCAUUGGACACCGCACAGUUCUGCAUCGACAAGGCUUUCGGGUUGUAUACUGGAAUCUACAGGAGCGACGAGAACAACCCCCUGCCUUCGAUGUAUGCUCCCGGUCUUUGGUAUAGCCUCAAUUUGAUCAUAAGGGAAAACAAGAAGAGAACCCUUGUGAUCAAAUUCAGGGUACCAAAUACCGGAGCCAUUCACUCGAGUGCUGGAUCGAACACUACAAGUUCUUGUAGGAGCACAUCCUUAUCUUCAACAGCCCUACAAGAAGACCCGGAGAAACGAUCGCUGCGACUGUUUCGGAAGAAGGAACACCGGUUUUUGGACAUAGAAAUGGUCAUCUUUGAUGUGGGGAUGGUCACGGCGUUGACACAAAACGAUCGUCGGAAAUUCAUGCAACUAGUGAAAGGGAUCAUAACACGCGACACAGAAGGAUGCGCGCAAAUGCUGCAGGGGCUUUGUCGUGUAGGUGGGGAACGGGAGGAGAAGGAGCAGCAGCAGGGGUCCACUAAAUCUAAAACGACCUCCGAGGAGGUUGCUUGUUCCUCUUCAACUACAACUUGUAGAAGUCAUACUUCUGAUCAACAUGCCAUUCUUUCGUCGUCCACGUCCACAGCCACCACAUCCCCGACUUGUACCACGAUGCCUACUAAGUCUUUCGACCGACGGCGAUCUCGGAGGAGUAUUCUGAUAGAUCAUUGUGUCCAGGACAUGCGAGCGUUGUUCACAGAGCUGAAUCGAGUCCCGCUUCACAAAGUGAACGUUGGCGGUGCUUUGAGGCAGACGUUGGAUAUCAUUUCCUCACACCGUUUGAAGGUUGAAGGACAUUUUGGCGCGUUGUUGAGUUCUUUGAUCAUCCUUGAGGGAAUGGCAAAGGAGUUGGACCCUAAUAUCAACGUGAUGGGGUCAACAGCGCCCUUCUUGAUGAACACAGCUGUGGAAGCUUUUAUGGCGGGGGAGGGGGAACACGAACAAUGUUGAAUAUGUGAUAAGUAUCUGCAUAGGGGGAACAAAGAAUAUGAUGUCUAUUACGCUGAGAACGAAACCCUUUGGUCUUCCUCACUCCAUCCUACUAUUUUUACGCUGAGAAGUAAGAUGUCCUCUGAAGCAUUCCCAUGAAAAAGAUGAACUUGAAGUUUUGGAACGGUGUUGAGGACUCUGCUUGCACUUCGCUGAUACAUUGCACUCAGCUGGCGG